AUGGCUCAAUACUGGGCAUCGCGUCUUUCAUAUCUUCUCGACGAAUCAUACGAGGAGGAGGAGCAAGCCAUGCCCAACCCGCACCCGCCCCUCGGGAAACUCCCGCGCCCCAGCAUGCUCCAAAUCCCGGUCUUCAACCCGCCUCCGCCAUCCCCCUCCCCGCUUCCGUACUUCUACCAGCCGCCGAAGCGCGUAGCGGCGCCGCAGCCCGCGCAGCCGCAGAAGAAGCAGCAGCGCCGGAGGCGGCACAGAGUAUGGGACGACCUCCCCACGCCGAUCGUGUACGAGAAGUACGAACCGAAGGCGCCGGUAGCGGCGGGUGAGAAGGCGAGCCGGUCCGACGCGUUCACGGAGAUUCCGCUGAGCAAUCCCGUAAGCGAGGAGCCGAAAGCAAAUCCCUCAAAACUCGAGGAGUCGCUGAUUGUUCGCGCAUCUGACGCGUCGCUCUCAACCUCCUCCUCCUCGUCUUCGGGAAGUUCCGAUAUGCGCCUCUUCCCUAGUAGCAGCAGCUCUGAUAGUGGGCGCAGCGUGAGCAGCGCGAGCAGCGCAGGCAGCAGCGAGCGCGGCGCAGUGUACAGUUUGGGCCGGAAGCAGCGCAGCCACAGGGACGGGUGCGUGUGCGUCGUCGAUACCUCUCUCCUCUGGUCCUCCCUCGUCUCUUCACUCUUCCGCCCUUCUCUCCCCGCGCUCCCCGCGCCUUCCGCCGCAACCAGCGCCGCGCUUCCCGGACCAGCUGUCUACCCCGUGCUCCUUUCCCUGCAGUCGUCCACCGCCGAAAGCUCUGGCUAUGAUCUCACAUCACCUGCUCCUCGGGUGCCAAGCACAGACGCUGCCGAGCCGCAGGAGGUUCCUCAUGGGAUGCGAACGAUCGCGGAGCUGAUGGGAUUAGAUUCGGAGAAGCUGCUCGUACAGAUGGCUGGUUUGGGUAGCAGGACGGGAGGGGCGGACGGGAGCAAGGAGCAAUCUCGCGCGCAUGGCGGGCUGGAGCGAGCAGCGACGGGGAGGGAGGGGGUGCGAGGGGGACUGAAGGAGCCGCUUCUACAUCCCCCUCCCGUCGACCUCGCUUCCCCCCUCCCGUCGACCCCUCUUUCCCCCUCCCGUCGACCUCGCUUUCCCCCUCCCGUCGACCCCGCUUUCCCCCUUUGCUUUCCACCUCCCGUCGACCUCGCUUUCCCCCUCCCGUCGCCCUCGCCUUCCCCCUCCCGUCGCCCUCGCCUUCCCGUGCUCACUCUCUUUCCCCCGUGCUCACUCUCUUUCCCCCUGCUCACUCUCUUUCCCUCUGCUCACUCUCUUUCCCCCUGCUCACUCUCUUUCCCUCUGCUCACUCUCUUUCCCCCUGCUCACUCCUCUUUCCCUCUCUUGCCGUGGGCCACUGUCGCCAUGCGCCUCCCCGCUCCCUCCUCUUCCCCACUCCGCUCUCGUACUCCCCUCUCCCCUCCCUGCCCUCUCUCCCCAUCCUUCCCUUUCCCCCCUCCCUGUCCUGUCCUGUCCCGACUCCCCUCUCUCCUAUCCCACCUCCCUGCCCUGUCCUGUCCCCCCGCUGCCCUGUCCUAUCCCCCCUCUCCGCCCUAUCCUAUCUCCUCACUCCGCCCUGUCCUACCUCCUCACUCCGCCCUGUCCUAUCUCCUCACUCCGCCCUGUCCUAUCUCCUCACUCCCUGUCCUAUCUCCUCACUCCCUGUCCUAUCUCCUCACUCCCUGUCCUAUCUCCUCACUCCCUGUCCUAUCUCCUCACUCCCUGUCCUAUCUCCUCACUCCCUGUCCUAUCUCCUCACUCCCUGCCCUAUCUCCUCACUCCCUAUCCUAUCUCCUCACUCCCUGUCCUAUCUCCUCACUCCCUGUCCUAUCUCCUCACUCCGCCCUGUCCUAUCUCCUCACUCCCUGCCCUAUCUCCUCACUCCCUGUCCUAUCUCCUCACUCCCUGUCCUAUCUCCUCACUCCCUGUCCUAUCUCCUCACUCCCUGUCCUAUCUCCUCACUCCCUGUCCUAUCUCCUCACUCCCUGUCCUAUCUCCUCACUCCCUGUCCUAUCUCCUCACUCCCUGUCCUAUCUCCUCACUCCCUGUCCUAUCUCCUCACUCCCUGCCCUAUCUCCUCACUCCCUAUCCUAUCUCCUCACUCCCUGUCCUAUCUCCUCACUCCCUGUCCUAUCUCCUCACUCCGCCCUGUCCUAUCUCCUCACUCCCUGCCCUAUCUCCUCACUCCCUGUCCUAUCUCCUCACUCCGCCCUGUCCUAUCUCCUCACUCCCUGUCCUAUCUCCUCACUCCCUGUCCUAUCUCCUCACUCCCUGUCCUAUCUCCUCACUACCCGUCCUAUCUCCUCAUUCCCUGUCCUAUCUCCUCACUCCCUGCCCUAUCUCCUCACUCCCUAUCCUAUCUCCUCACUCCGCCCUGUCCUACCUCCUCACUCCGCCCUGUCCUACCUUCUCACUCCGCCCUGUCCUAUCUCCUCACUCCGCCCUGUCCUAUCUCCUCACUCCGCCCUGUCCUAUCUCCUCACUCCGCCCUGUCCUAUCUCCUCACUCCCUGUCCUAUCUCCUCACUACCUGUCCUAUCUCCUCAUUCCCUGUCCUAUCUCCUCACUCCCUGCCCUAUCUCCUCACUCCCUAUCCUAUCUCCUCACUCCGCCCUGUCCUACCUCCUCACUCCGCCCUGUCCUACCUUCUCACUCCGCCCUGUCCUAUCUCCUCACUCCGCCCUGUCCUAUCUCCUCACUCCGCCCUGUCCUAUCUCCUCACUCCCUGCCCUAUCUCCUCACUCCCUGUCCUAUCUCCUCACUCCGCCCUGUCCUAUCUCCUCACUCCCUGUCCUAUCUCCUCACUCCCUGCCCUAUCUCCUCACUCCCUGUCCUAUCUCCUCACUCCCUGUCCUAUCUCCUCACUCCCUGUCCUAUCUCCUCACUCCCUGUCCUAUCUCCUCACUCCCUGUCCUAUCUCCUCACUCCCUGUCCUAUCUCCUCACUCCCUGUCCUAUCUCCUCACUCCCUGUCCUAUCUCCUCACUCCCUGUCCUAUCUCCUCACUCCGCCCUGUCCUAUCUCCUCACUCCCUGCCCUAUCUCCUCACUCCCUGUCCUAUCUCCUCACUCCGCCCUGUCCUAUCUCCUCACUCCCUGUCCUAUCUCCUCACUCCCUGUCCUAUCUCCUCACUCCGCCCUGUCCUAUCUCCUCACUCCGCCCUGUCCUAUCUCCUCACUCCCUGCCCUAUCUCCUCACUCCCUGCCCUAUCUCCUCACUCCGCCCUGUCCUAUCUCCUCACUCCGCCCUGUCCUAUCUCCUCACUCCCUGCCCUAUCUCCUCACUCCCUGUCCUAUCUCCUCACUCCGCCCUGUCCUAUCUCCUCACUCCCUGUCCUAUCUCCUCACUCCCUGCCCUAUCUCCUCACUCCCUGUCCUAUCUCCGCAGCAUGUCAGAGGCCCAGACAGGCUACAUUGCGUACAGGGGCCAUCAGCAGAUUCGAAACGGAGCAAAGGCUUCCCUCCCUAUCCUGA